ACCUGCUCUAUUCCUACAUAAACCUCAUCCUUAAUUUUUCUUCGCCUGCGCAUUAUAUAUGGCUGAGCGUGCCAACGAGUCUCCCAUUCCUGACGACAUCGCUCUCGAUGAGGAUGCACCUGGUCCCCCGAUUUCAGUACCAGAUACAGGUGAUGCUGAGGAGGGCGAGGGCGGGAAGCUCAAGAUGAUUAUGCAGCUCCUCAAAAAGUCUUUGGGGGUAAAGGAUAUCGCUGCAAUGCGCCUUUCUCUACCUGCUUCAUUACUUGAGCCGUUACCUAACUUAGAGUAUUGGCAUUAUUUGGAUAGGCCCGACCUCUUUGCUGCAAUCAACGACUCCGAUGAUGCGUUUGAACGGAUGCUCGCUGUGGUUCGAUUUACUUUUACGAAGGAUCUUAAGUUUGUCCAUGGCAAGGUCUGUAAACCGUACAAUUCGGUAUUGGGCGAGCACUUCCGUUCCCAUUGGGAUAUUCCACCAGUGCAAUACUCCUCUGACCCAUCCCAACCACCUAUUAUGCGUAUCCACUCUACCAGUAACGUUUCCGUUGCUAAAUCUACCAACACCAUGCCGUCAGAAACUGCAAGUGUCAAGAGCGUCCGCAGCGGCAGGAGUUCUAAGAGCACGCGUAGCGGUCUCAGCCUCGUUUCCAAGGGCAAGCAGAGUCCAUCUACUGCAGCUACCUCACCGCAGCAGAUGUCAGAUCCAACGCUAGAAGGACACAUGUCCAACCUUAGCCUUGGUGAUCGUGCUAGUGCAGGUUCCGGCGCACGUGGUGCCGAAGCAGCUCACAUCCGAGUGGUCUAUCUCACAGAACAGGUUUCUCAUCACCCUCCUGUGUCUGCCUACUAUGGCUCCUGCCCAUCGCGGUCGGUGGAGAUGAUGGGGAUCGACCAGAUUUCAGCCAAAGUAUCUGGGACGACACUUCGUGUAGCACCGGGAUCCUUCAACAAGGGAAUAUAUGUAAGGAUUACUGGAGGAGCUGGGGAAGGCGAGACAUAUCAUAUCACUCACCCCGUCGCUUCCGUGAAUGGUAUCUUGAGGGGUAGCUUUUAUAUCACAGUGGGGGAUUCUACGAUCAUUACUUGCACCGGUAAUAAGGGUGGGCCGAGUCUGAGAGCUAUUAUCGAAUAUAAGGAAGAGUCCUGGUUGGGACGGGCUCACUUCUUGAUAGAAGGUGUAAUCCACACCUAUGACGAGAACGAGACGCUACACGAGGGAUGGACCAAGGCUAAACAUGUCCCGCAGUCUCGUAUCCUUGCCGUCUUUGAUGGAUGUUGGCGCAAUCGCGUCCGCUGGCGGCGCACGGCGACGUCGACAUCCGAAGUAGAUGUAACGUCUCCUGUAGACUCCGAGUACGCAACGCUUGUGGAUCUCUCGACCAUCCAAAUGGUACCGAAGGAGGUCCGACCAUUGGAGAAACAGCUCUCUAACGAGAGUCGCAAGCUGUGGGACAGUGUAACGACUCGACUGUUAAAUAAAGAAUACGGUGAAGCGACGAAGCACAAGCUUGCAAUUGAACAGAAACAACGCGAUGAAGCUGCCGAGAGGAAGAGGAAGGGAGCACAAUUUAUACCCCGCUACUUUGAGAAUGAUAUCAGCUCCGGUGUACCCAUUCUUACAGAGGAGGGUCUCAAAGCUAUAGCAGAAGAAUUGGCGGAAGAAUCAGUAUUAUGUUUGAAAGGCUCCGCCGUAGAGGCAGACUCAUAAUAUGGACACCAGUGGACAGUUUUCCUCUUCACCCGUAUACGAAAUGAGUACUAUCCUCUUUUUGAAUCGAUUUUUUGCUGUUAUGCCUUCCUCAAAUAUUUGUUUCUGUUACUAUCUCUGAUGAUUAUGUCCCGACGAGUCCUUUUAUACCACACGAAUCAUAAACUUAUACAGGCAAGCCUACAGUAGUCCU